AUGGGUGUUACGGGUCUAUGGACGAUAGCAAACCCCUGUGCGCGCCCCGUUAAGCUCGAAUCACUUGCUCGCAAACGUCUCGCCGUCGACGCCUCCAUCUGGAUCUACCAGUUCCUUAAAGCUGUGAGAGAUAAAGAAGGACACGCGCUCCAGAGCUCGCACGUAGUUGGCUUCUUUAGGAGGAUAUGCAAGCUCCUUUUCUUCGGGAUUAAACCGGUUUUCGUGUUCGACGGUGGUGCGCCGCCGCUAAAGAGGCAGACCAUUGCCGGGAGGAAGGCCCGUAGGGAAGGGAGGAAGGAGGAUGCUAGGAGGACUGCUGGAAGGAUAUUGGCCUUGCAGGUUCAGCGGAGUGCGGAUAUUGAGGCUGCGAGACGAAGGAACCGGAACCUGAAGGGGAGGAGGGGAUUGGGGACGCGACUCCGAAUGACCCGAGAGUCAUGUCGCAGGAUGAUCUGGAAGAGUAUGCCCGUAUGUUCCGUGGCGGGGAGGAAGUCAACCUUUACGACUUUUCCAAGAUCGACUUUGACUCGGAUUUCUUUAUCUCGUUACCCAUGGCGGAUAGGUACAAUAUCCUCAAUGCUGCGAGAUUACGUUCCAGGAUGA